UUUGAAUUUUUUUUCUUUGAGAUUUUCCUCAAAAUUUUCCAAGUUUUCUGUCGUUAUCAAUGUGUUUUCUCCUUCGCGACCGGCUCGUUUGCCUUUAAAGAAGUGAAAUUCAAGAUUCAACUUCAAAGUACUCAGGGAUGUGCAUGAAUUAACUCUGGUAAAGUACAGAUUCAGCUUCGUAUAAUUGAAAAUUAUUGAAAUUAUUACAUCAUGGAAGAGUUCGUCACCCGAAAAUCAAUCGAAGAAAGUGCCAAACAAUACGAACACAAAGUUCAAGAAGCUUACAACGAUGUAUAUAAGUCACACACUCGAAGAAUCGAAAGAAAUAUGUACAUAUGUGCGACCGAUUGUUGCGAUAACUCUACACAUUCUUACGAAAAGGUUCAAAACUGCGUUGAUAAUUGUUCGAUACCUUUAAAAAACGCUCAACAGUAUGUCUCGAAUGAAUUCCAAGACUUCCAGAAUCGUGUUCAAAGAUGCCUAAUGGUCUGCAACGAUAAAAUGAAAGAUAAAAUGGAGCUAGAGAAGAGUACCAAUUUCACCGAUAAACACAAGUCUGAAUUCGAACAAUGUGCUAAUUCCUGCUUAUCCAAGUAUUGUGACAUGUUACCGUCGAUUGUGUUGAAAAUUAGAAAUACUUUGGACGAUCAUACCGUGAUAUGAUGAGUGUAAAAUUCAUGAAAAUCAUGAUCAAUUUUAAAAUAUUGUGUUACCUCGUGUAAUGUAGAUGUUAUUUUUUAUGUCGUGGCUGUUCAAUAAAAGAUGAUUAAAUAUUGAAAAA